AGGCGAGUUCGGUCAGUCAGGGGCUGGAGGCUGGAGCGGGACAAAUUUUAGGGUGCUUUUAAAUGACAUUUAAGCGUGUUAAACUGUCACUAAUCGGACUAAACCUAACGCUAAAAGGGUCGUUUGGAGUUAAAAGUGUUAAAGGAGUUAAAGGAACUUGGCAGACCGAACGCAAUGUAGUUAACCUAAUUUUUGUGACAAGCAAGCGACAGAAGUUAACAAAGUGACAAUUUAUUACGAAAAAUUUGUACCAAAAAGACUGAAGCAAAAAGCAACGUUUACAGCAAUGAAAAUGAUUGUGUUUUUUAUUGGAAUGCAAUAGGUCAAUUUUUGAUAUUAAUUUAAUUUAUUACUCCAUUACUCGUACUGAUAGAGCUUUAAAAAUAAAAGUCAUGAGCCGUCACGAAGGUGUUAGCUGUGAUUCAUGUUUAAAAAGCAACUUUAGAGGCCGUAGAUAUAAAUGCCUUGUUUGUUAUGACUAUGAUCUAUGUGCUGCUUGUUACGAAGCAGGGGCCACCAAUACUAGGCACACAACUGAUCAUCCUAUGCAAUGUAUCCUUACCAGAUCCGAUUUUGAAUUAUAUUAUGGAGGUGAAGCUCUUACUAGUCUAGAAUUGCCUCAGUCAUAUACAUGUCCAUAUUGCUCACGUAUGGGGUUUACUGAUAUUACCUUACAAGAGCAUGUUACUUCGGACCAUCAGGACACCAAUUUUGAAGUUGUGUGUCCCCUGUGUGCCGCUAUGCCAGGGGGUGAUCCAAAUUUGAUGACUGAUGAUUUUGCUGGUCAUCUAACUUUGGAGCAUCGUACUGGUCCCAGAGACUUGAUCUCUUUUCUUGAUGAGCCAGUAGGAACAAGACAUAAUGUGAGACGCAUUCCUCAUAAUACACAUAGUGCUACCCACAUUGGUCGUGGAGCAGCCACAGCCUUAAGACCUAGAAGAAGCAAUAUGCAUUUUAGUGUUUUUAGUUCUGGGGGUUUUUCAUCCCUCUCUCCUUCUUCAAGGGACUCCGUAGAUCCGAUUGCUGAGCUUCUGUCUCAACUGUCAGGUGUCAGGCGUUCUGCUAGCAACACAAAUAGCAGUACCCCCACCCAGUUGCAACAGCUGCAGAUGCAGCUACAAUUAGAGAGGCAACAAGUGAACGCUGCUAGGCAGCACUUAGAACGUUACCCGCGAAGACAAACUCAAAAUCAAACACUUAGAGAACCAAACACUUCUAACUGUGGAACAUCAACUAUGAUGCUAAAUGCCUCGCCAGUUCUAGUGCAACCAGCUGCAAACACACCCGUAGCUCCAACACAACAGUCACAGUUUUUGUUAACAGGCUUACUGGAAGAGCUUUCCCUUCAAACGGCCUCCGAUCAGGUAAGACAAGAGCGCAGUAGAUUUGUGCAAGAAUUGGUAGUAGCUUCUGCCGAGCAUGUUCGUGGAAUCGACGGUGAAGGAGACCGGGAUUCCCCAGUACAGCAGUCUCGCCUUAAGUCAUUAUUAAAAUUAGUCGAAUCUAGUCGCCAAGACCUGCUGUCAGAAGAGGAUCCCAGUUCAAGGCCAGUACCACGUCAGAGCAGUACAGUGUUGCGAGGAAGAGCUAGGAGUGAUGCACAAAAUGCUAAGCGGAGAGCAGAAGCUAAUCGUGCCAGUCAGGAUCAUAAGCCUAGGGGAGACGGUGAUCCAAAUUUUCAUAGAUAGUUUGUUUGCAUUAUCAGUUCGCUUGUUAGACCAAAUUACGUUUCUUGUUUGUGUGUUGGUGGAUGACUGUUUAUUUUAAAUGCCACGGAUUUUAUAUGCCACACCUUGACUCAAAUAUACUGUAAGAAUAAAGUACCAAGUAUAUUCUUCAAAGUACUUAAACAUCAAGUAUAAAGUUUUUAUAAGUAUCACUUUUGCAAUAUAAAACAUAAUAUUUUUCAUUUUACUUUAUCUAAAUGCUUAUUAAUGAUACAAAUAUACUAAGAGUGUUAGAUACAAAAAUAUUUUAAGGAAUAACCUUGGAACUUUCAGUUACUUGCUUCAUUUUAUAGGUAAAUAAUAUUUAUUACAAAUUUAUCAAAAAAUAAGCUGUCACUCAUCGACCAAUUUUCUAUUGUCAAAAAUUUUGCCAGUUGUAGUUUUCACUUUUUUUAAUGAUUCAAGCUAAAAAGAUACUAAACAUAGUGACUACAUUAAAAUAAGCACAUUCAUAUUUACCGUAUAAAUUGAAAAUUCUAUUCACUACUAAAAAAAAUGGGUUCUUGAUCACUCUGUAGCAAUUUCUUGUAAACUAAAUUCGUUCGUAAAAUAGAUGCUAUUGAAAAAUAUUUUUUAAUAAAAUACCUACCUUUUCAAAUGAGCUUGUAACAUAUGAGUUUGCCACUUGGCAUUUGCUUGCAAAUUGUCUUGGAUUUACUCGAACGAAUUAGUUUCUAAAUUUGCGUCUCAAAAAGGCCUAAUAGAACCUUCAAACUAUUUUUUUUUUCAAAAUUGGAACACUCAAAAACGGUUUAGUAUACUCUCAAUAUGUAGUUUAAAAUCAAGAAUUAUAGUAAAAAUCAUGUUUUCAUGAUCCCUUUAAUGUGUUAUUGCUCUUUUCUUAUUCGAAACACAUGAAUGUGUAUAAUGGCUCAGUUAUGUUGAGUGGUAAAAGUGUUUCUAUCAACAUGUUUUAUUGGUAACGUUCUCUAUUAAUUUUACUGUAAUUGCUGUUAUAAUUGUGGAAUUAUAAUUUGUUAACUGUUUUUAAUAAACCUUUACGGUUGUUUAGUCUCUUUUGCUUCCUAAGAUCCACGAUUUCUUGUAGUAACAUUAAAACGAUAAAUAACAAUAAUUUUUACUUCUAUAAUUUGCAGAUAAAUGAGGUAAAAGUGUAACAUACUUAGAUGUAACAAUAAUUCAAAAUUUCUUUUUCUUUUCAUAGGAACAAAGUUCAUAUAACAUAAUUUCAGUCUCAACAAGUGAACUAGUACUUUAUUGUUACAGUUACAUCUAUUGUAUUGAAAGUUAAAAUUUUACGUUACUGUGUUCCUAGUUUUUUUGAUUUAUUAAUUAUCAGUUUUGUAUGAACUUCUAUUUUCUCAUUCGUUUGAAUUUAUUUAUUUGUUUCCGGAAUAGUACACCAAUUGGUGGUAGGUGGCUGGUGUACUGCACAGGAAAUUAAAAUGUGUAAUAUUAUAAUAAAAAUGGCA